AUGCCUCGAGGUCAAAAGAGUAAGCUCCGUGCCCGUGAGAAACGCCGCCUGGCCCGCCAGGCCCAUGCUAAGACCCAGACCCAGGGUCUGGAGGGUGCUGAGGCUAUUGCAGCAGAGAAAGGAGAGUUCUCCUUCUCUGCCCAUCUUUUCCUGGAAGGCAACCCCCUGAAUGAGUUUGCUACUGAGGUGCUUAGCACUUCUCAGGAAAUCCCAUCUAGCACCAGUGCUACUAUUGGAGCUGAUUCAGGCACUGAUUCAAAUGAAGGUGCCAGCAAACAAGAUGAGGAAUCCUCAAAGGCCUUGGAGAGCUUUCGCAAAGAUCCUUUAAACAAGAAGGUGGUUCUGUUGGUGCAGUUUAUGCUGAAGAAGUAUCAAAGUAAAGAGCCAAUUACAAAGGCAGAUAUGCUGAAGUUGGUUAUCAAAAAAUACAAGCUUCAUUUCAAUGAGAUCCUGAGAAGAGCCUCUGAGCACAUGGAGCUGGCCUUUGGUAUUGAUGUGAAAGAAGUGGAUCCCGCAAGACACUCCUAUGCCCUUGUCAGCAAGCUAGACCUCACCUUAGAUGGAAUGACAAAUGAAGAGAACCUGCCCAAGACUGGCCUCCUGAUGAUUGUUCUGGGUGUGAUCUUCAUGAAAGGCAAUUGUGCUCCUGAGGAAGCUAUCUGGGAAGUGAUGAAUAUGAUGGGUGUCUAUGCUGAUAAAAAGCACUUAAUUUAUGGGGAGCCCAAGAAGGUCAUCACUGAAGAUUUGGUGCAGCUAAGGUACCUGGAGUACCGCCAGGUGCCAGGCAGUGAUCCUCCACGCUAUGAGUUGCUUUGGGGUCCAAGAGCCCACGCUGAGACCAGCAAGAUGAGAGUCCUGGAGUUCUUAGCCAAGAUCUAUGAUACUGUCCCCAGUGCCUUCCCAGUCUGGUAUGAAGAGGCUUUGCGAGAUGAGGAAGAGAGAGCCCUAGCAAGAGCUGCAGCCAGGGCUCGUAUUGCUAUGACUGCACACUCCAGAGGCAUGGCCAUCAGCUCUUCCCACACUAAGUGA